CGCCUCCAGCGCCGGGAAGGCAGCCGGCGCCGAGCAAGUUGCGAGCGCGCUCUCCGCCCGGGGAAAGUUUCCCCGCGGCCCCGGCGGGAGUUAGCGUGGGUCCGGCCGCUGCAGCCGCCGCUGGAAGAGUUUAUCUGGAAACCACCAUCAGGGGACCUCAAAAGACUCCUGACAUCCCUCAGCUGAAAGGAAAAGACACCUGUUGAGAGAGGUGGAAAGCCUUGAGCUUGCUGUGGCCAGAGCUUCUAACACUGUGAUCCAAAGAACUCGAACCCCUGGCAUUCAACUUUUAGAAACGUGGGCACAAUCUUUUUGCAGCCUUCUCAUCUGGCCACCCAGGACAAGCUGGGCCAAUAAAAGAAAUAUAUAGCAACCUCUCUGACUGGGAGACUCCAUCUUGCUGAGGCCCAAAGAACUGCCAGGUAGAGCACCAUGGAAGGCGACUGUCUGAGCUGCAUGAAGUAUCUGAUGUUUGUUUUCAAUUUCUUCAUAUUUCUGGGCGGGGCCUGCCUGCUGGGCAUCGGCAUCUGGGUCAUGGUGGACCCCACGGGCUUCCGGGAGAUCGUGGCCACCAACCCCCUGCUCACCACAGGUGCCUACAUCCUCCUGGCCAUGGGGGGCCUGCUUUUUCUGCUCGGCUUUCUGGGCUGCUGCGGGGCCAUCCGCGAGAACAAGUGUCUGCUGCUGUUUUUCUUCUUGUUCAUCCUGAUCAUCUUCCUGGCAGAGCUCUCGGCGGCCAUCUUGGCCUUCAUCUUCAGGGAAAAUCUCACCCGCGAAUUCUUCACCAAGGAGCUCACCAAGCACUACCGGGGCAAUAACGACUCGGAUGUCUUCUCUGCCACCUGGAACUCAGUCAUGAUCACAUUUGGUUGCUGUGGUGUCAACGGGCCUGAAGACUUUCAGUUUGCACCAGUGUUUCAACUCCUGACUUCGGACAUUGACGAGGUCCCGGAGGCCUGCUGCCGGAGGGAACCCCAGACUCGGGACGGGGUCCUGCUGAGCAGGGAGGAGUGCCUUCGGGGGAGGGACCCAUUCCUGAACAAGCAGGGCUGUUACACCAUGCUCCUCAACGCCUUUGAAACUUAUGUCUACCUGGCCGGAGCCCUCGCCAUAGGGGUGCUGGCCAUUGAGCUUUUCGCCAUGAUCUUCGCCAUGUGCCUCUUCCGGCACAUCCAGUAGAUGAAGACUCACCCCACCCACCACUGCCUAGCACCCAAGGCCCUCCCCUUUCCCCCACUCCUGCCAUCCUGGCCCCAGGGGAGGAGGUGAGGCCUCAUGAGGGACCAGGAGGAGAGGGGGGUGGAGGGAGGACAGAAAUAGCUAUUUUUUUAACAAAACAAAAUGAAGAUACAAAUAUGGACUAAUGUGCCCCCUGCCUGGACGCCGGGGUGGGUGCCGUGGGCUCUCAGAGCAGUCCCAGUGCCUGAACCCAGGAGGCAGUCUGUACUAGAGACCAAACAAGCACCAGUCCCAGGGCCCCUCUGCAGGCCAGCAGGACUCUGGCAGCCCCGGGUCUGGGCCCCUUCUCACAGCGUCAGGAACUGGUGCCAAGAAAGCGAGGAUUUGGGCAGUGAGGAGGCAAAAGCAAAUCUCAGAGAGACAUCAAAACCCAGGGGACCCCAGCGGCCACGUCGUGGAGGACUCAGAACCCACAGCACAGUUUCUGGUCCUCCAACGGAGAGAGCUGUCCCACCUCCAGGGCGGGGCCCAGAGUGGAUUGCAGACAUGGAAUCCAAGAAUGGCCUGGCUGCCAGGAGCUUCGCCUUCCCCAUCUGUUGGACCAAAUAACCUCAAAGGCCCAGAGAGGGGCACUGACUUGUGCACAGUCACACAGCACAUACAUGGCAGUUCUGAACUAGACCUAGGUGGUCUCCCAACUGCCUGUCACUCCGUCCAGGGCUCUCUCGGUCCCAGCAGAUCUGCUGGCCACCCACAUCCCUCCCUGUCCCCUAUAUCCUAGGAAAAGAGGGUUGGCCAGGAAGCACCUCCUCCUAGCUCUACAGCAAAGAAAAUUCUGGGCUAUGUUCACUUUGCUCUCCCUCCCUCCUCUCCAAGCCCCCACAUGUGCACAUGCCACAUCUCCUUCCUACACUGCCCCCCUCUCCCCACAACCUCACCCCCUUCCCUCUUCUACCCUGACUCCCAGGGCUGGAAGGAGCCCCCAAGAUCAUAUACCAGAACUGAGGCUUGGAUGUCUCCACAAGACCCCUGCCAAGACUUCACCCUCUGCUUUCAUACCCCCAGGGACGGGAAGCUCACUACCUCCCCAGGCAGCCCUCCUGCCUUUGGACCGCUCUGACUUAGCAUCAGCUCAAUACAUGGAAGAAGUUUC